GGUUGAACCCACAAGCUGUUCCUGAACCUGUGAUCAUCUGUAAAGAAGAAGAGUUAUUAAAGCCUAAUAACUAGCAGCCUGUUUCCGACUCCCUUUGUGAUCGUUACAUUGGUGUCAGAAGUGACUUUUCGAACGGAGGACGUCUAUCCGGAUGGGAGUUCGUAACUGCGUCACGGAGCUAGCCGGUAAGCUAGCGGAGAUGGAAAAGUUCAGCAAGAUGGGAGUGAAGCAGGAAAGUAGUGAUGGAGAGGAAGAUGGAGCAUGCGGGUGGUCGAAGGACAUGAGUGGGGAGUUCAGGAGUGCACGGGAGGCGAGAGAGCGCCUGAGAGAGUCGGCGGUGAAGAUGGCUAGAGACGCGGGAAUGUCGCCGUCUUCAGUGGCAUUUCGCGCCAUUUCCAAGCUGGAUGUAAACAACAAUGGCGGCGCCCAUCAACCAGUAGCAGCCGCCGCGUCCGUGAAAACACCCAAAUACUCGGGUAAGGCAGACUGGGAGGCUUUCCAGGCCCAAUUUGAACUACUUGCACAUGCCAGGGGGUGGUCAAUAGAGACUAAAGCACUACAGCUAGCUUUGUGCCUCACAGACGAGGCUCUUUCAUGUCUGCUACUACUUAGCAUUGAGGACCGACACAGCUAUGAAGCGUUAGCGGGGGCUUUGAAGAGGCGGUUUGGACAGUGUUUCCCACCAGAGCUGCUCCGGAACGAGUUGAGUAACCGCUGUAGGAAGUCUGGAGAGACGCUGCGUGCGUUGGCUAACGACGUGGAGAGCUUGACGCCGCGGGCAUAUGCACACAUGCCACCUGGAGUGCAGAGUGAGCUGGCACGUGAUCAAUUCAUCAGGGCUCUCCUCCCUGCGUACUUGAGGGUUGGGGUACAGCUGCAGCAUCCACAGUCCUUGCAGGCAGCCUUGGAGAUGGCUGUGGAGAGAGAGAUUGUGUGGAGUGUAGCGGCGAGGAGCAACGGAGGGCCGGUACCACCGGCUGUGAGGAGCUGCAGAGAGGAGGAGAAGCCUGUAUGGGUUACCGAAAUGACUGAAAGUGUUCAAGUUUUAUUAGAGGAGAAAAUGAGGGAGAUGGAAGCAGCUGUCAAUGCAGAGAGGGAACUGCGGCAGCAACAGGAGGCUAGACUCAAAGCGGAGCUGGCCUCUCUUGAGCGAGAUCUCCAGGAGAGUAAAGAGAAGGAGAGCCUUGUGGCCUCUCUGGAGAAGUGCCUCCAAGAGGGCAAAGAGAGAGAAAGGAGCCUGGUGGAGAAGGGUGCCAAGAGGGAGGCGCAGUUCAAAGAGCUGCUCAGGAGCCUGGAAGCCGAGAAGGACAACCUGGAGGAGCGUCUGACGAACCAGCUGUCCCAGCUCAAUGGCAGCAUCGCAGACUACCAGCAGGAGGCGGCGGACAACCGGGAGCACUUGGCCGAGCUGCAGCGGGAGGUGGAGCGGUUGGCGAGGGAGCGGGCUGAGGCGCAGAGCGAGAGCGACCGGGCCGCCAGGCUGGAGGAGGACAUGAGGCAAGCACAGAGAGAGAGAGCAGAAGCAGAAGCAGAGUCUGGUAAGCAGGAGGAGCUGCUGAGGGAGAAGCAGCUGCAGAGGGACUGCAUCAAGUACAAGGAGAGGAUCAGAGAGAUGGGUAGAGACGCUAAGGCGCUGCAGCAAGGUUACAACGAGCUCCAGAAUAAGCUAGGACAAUCCCAACUGGAGACUUUGAAAACUCUAGAAGACCUGAAAAGGACAGAAGCAGAGUUGGAUACCUGUAAACCUCAGCUGGAUGAGUCCCAGAAGCAGGCAAGCGUAGCUAUAGCGGAGAGGAGUAUCAUGGAGCAGAACGCCCAACACAGAGAGGCCUCGAUGAAGGCAGAGGUGGAGCAGACCCUGGACUCUGUGAGGUUCAGACUCGGAGGCGAACUGAAGGAGAUGGAGCUGAGACUGGACGAGGUGGACAGAAGCGGAACUAUGACACCAGGACAAGAGGGCAGCAUUUCCGGGCCGAGGAGCUGGUCUGGGUCUACAGCCCACAACGGAAGAAAGGCCGGUGCCCAAAACUGGACAGUCAGUGGGUUGGUCCCUGCAGAGUACUGGAGAGGGUGGGGGUAGUGUUUGUGCUGAGUUUUAUUUGUUCCUCGUGG